AUGGACAAUUCCCUCUGCAUCUCGUCCGGUAAUCUACAACGCUCCACUCCACAUCCAACCUACCUCGCACCUUCCCUUCCCUCUGUCGCCGCAGACGCAUCCACCCUAGCUGCAUCACAACAUCCACAGCAUCAUCAACAAACCCACCAAUUCACCUCUCCCAACCCAAACUUCCAUCACAACCACCAACAGCAUACCACGCACCGACAGACCAUUCCUCCAGCAGGUGACUCCCACUGCUCCCCCGGACCCUCCAACUCGACUCCGCACCAACCCCAAUCCCAACUCCACACGCAGUGCCAGCCCCUCGACAUCCGCACCAUUCUCUCUCCCCCCGACCUCGACCUCUGGCGCACGCGCCUCUUCAAUGUAGAUGAGCUGAUCGUCCUUAGUGAGGAACAAUUCCUCACCUACUUCCCGCACAUCGACAACGUCUACUCCCACCGCUCGACGCAGCACUACAAGCGCAAGCCCCUCGUCUCGCACUACUGGGACUGCCGGCUUAAGGGCCGCCCGCCGGGCACGCCCAAGUCCACCGACCCCAAUAAGAAGAAGCGAAAGCGCACGGCCCGCGAGCGGGAUCUGUGCGAUGUCAAGAUCAAGAUCACUGAGUAUUUUCCUCAGUCGGGGACGGGGAUGGGGGAGAGUGAUGGGCGGGUGAGGGAGGGGGAGGGGGUUGAUGGGGAGGUCUCCGGGUUUAAUUAUAAUCAUCAAUUUGGGAUGCUCACGCCGAACUCAAAUGUGCUGUUGCCUGAGGGGCAUCCUGGUUUGCAGGGGCAGCGGUUCUUUACCAUCCAACGGGUGAAUGGGAACGGGGCGAACGGGAAGAAUGAUGGGGUUGGUGGGGGGCAUCGGCAUACAUUGGAAGAAAGUGAUCGCGUGAAGAAGAAUAGUGUGCAGCGGUUUCUGUUGAAGGAGGCGAGGCAAGAAAGGAAGAAGGCUGUCCCGUUUUCCUCUUGCGCUAUGUUCCUUCGAUCUUUCUGGCAGACGAGUCCUUGUUUGUGGAAGGGUCUGAUCGCUCAAGCUCAACCGCCAAUUGUACACGCUCCAUCAGCAUAUCUCCGUUCUAACGCCGGUCGUCUACAGACGCGAACCAUGUCUAACCAGAACCAACCACAGAAGUCGUACCACACCAAAGCUACCGGGUUCGCGGCUGAGACCGUUGCAGAUCACUCGGCAGACAACGAUCUGAAAUUGUUUGGUAGUUGCUUUUGUCCCUUUGUCCAGCGCGUAUGGAUCGCUCUGCAGUUCAAGGGCAUCCCGUACCAGUAUAUCGAAGUCGACCCUUACAAGAAGCCCCAAUCUCUGCUUGAAGUCAACCCCAGGGGCCUGGUUCCUGCCUUGCGCCACGGGGACUGGAGUUCGCACGAGAGCACCGUCCUGCUCGAAUACUUGGAAGACUUGAACGCCGGCCCUCCGCUGCUGCCCCCCAGGGACCCAAAACUUCGAGCACAUUGUCGACUGUGGGCUGAUUAUGUAAAUCGCCACAUUGUACCUACCUUUUACCGCGUUCUCCAAGCACAGGAUCAAGAGAAACAGAUCUCGCAUGCAGAAGAACUUCGCGACUCGUUCAAUACUCUGAUUGGCGCGGCCCAUACCGAGGGUCCGUUCUUCCUGGGCGACAAGCUUUCCUUCGUCGACGUACAGGUUGCGCCGUGGAUCAUCCGGCUCCGACGCGUGCUGAAGCCGUAUCGCGGCUGGCCAGAGCCAGAAGCGGGUAGCCGAUGGGGCGCGUGGGUUGACGCGAUCGAGAAAGAUCCCCACGUCGCGGCGACCACCAGCGAUGAUGGCCUUUACCUGGAUAGUUAUGAGCGAUACGCGGGUAGGUAUUCGUGCCCUGUCCGAGCUGAUGAUCUGCUGACACCUCCAGAAAACCGGCCCAACACAUCACAGUUGGCCAACGCGAUUAAUUCUGGACGAGGGCUCCCGUAG